AUGGCAGAAGAAGCGGCGAGCACCGAGAGGCGGCGGCAGAAGAAGCGGCGAGCACCGAGAGACGGCGGCAGAAGAAGCGGCGAACACCGAGAGGCGGCAGCAGAAGAAGCGGCGAACACCGAGAGGCGGCGGCAGAAGAAGCGGCGAACACCGAGAGGCGACGGCAGAAGAAGCGGCGAACACCGAGAGGCGGCGGCAGAAGAAGCGGCGAGCACCGAGAGGCGACGGCAGAAGAAGCGGCGAGCACCGAGAGGCGACGACAGAAGAAGCGGCGAGCAUCGAGAGGCGACGGCAGAAGAAGUGGCGAACACCGAGAGGUGGCUUCAGAAGAAGUGGGUAGCACCGAGAGGCGGCAGCAGAAGAAGCGGCGAACACCGAGAGGCCAUGGCAGAAGAAGCGGCGAGCACCGAGAGGCGGCGGCAGAAGAAGCGGCGAGCACCGAGAGGCGGCGGCAGAAGAAGCGGCGAACACCGAGAGGCGGCGGCAGAAGAAGCGGCGAACACCGAGAGGCGACGGCAGAAGAAGCGGCGAGCACCGAGAGGCGGCGGCAGAAGAAGCGGCGAGCACCGAGAGGCGGCGGCAGAAGAAGCGGCGAGCACCGAGAGGCGGCAGCAGAAGAAGCGGCGAACACUGAGAGGCGACGGCAGAAGAAGCGGCGAGCACCGAGAGGCGGCGGCAGAAGAAGUGGCGAGCACCGAGAGUCGGCGGCAGAAGAAGCGUCGAGCACCGAGAGGCGGCGGCAGAAGAAGCGGCGAACACCGCGAGGCGGCGGCACAAGAAGUGGCGAACACCGAGAGGCGACGGCAGAAAAAGCGGCGAGCACCGAGAGGCGGCAGCAGAAGAAGCGGCGAACACCGAGAGGCGGUGGCAGAAGAAUCGGCGAACACCGAGAGGCGACGGCAGAAGAAGCGGCGAACACCGAGAGGCGACGGCAGAAGAAGCGGCGAGCACCGAGAGGCGGCGGCAGAAGAAGCGGCGAGCACCAAGAGGCGACGGCAGAAGAAGCGGCGAGCACCGAGAGGCGACGGCAGAAGAAGCGGCGAGCAUCGAGAGGCGACGGCAGAAGAAGUGGCGAACAUUGAGAGGUGGCGGCAGAAGAAGCGGGUAGUACCGAGAGGCGGCAGCAGAAGAAGCUGCGAACACCGAGAGGCCAUGGCAGAAGAAGCGGCGAGCACCGAGAGGCGGCGGCAGAAGAAGCGGCGAGCACCGAGAGACGGCGGCAGAAGAAGCGGCGAACACCGAGAGGCGGCAGCAGAAGAAGCGGCGAACACCGAGAGGCGGCGGCAGAAGAAGCGGCGAACACCGAGAGGCGACGGCAGAAGAAGCGGCGAACACCGAGAGGCGGCGGCAGAAGAAGCGGCGAGCACCGAGAGGCGACGGCAGAAGAAGCGGCGAGCACCGAGAGGCGACGACAGAAGAAGCGGCGAGCAUCGAGAGGCGACGGCAGAAGAAGUGGCGAACACCGAGAGGUGGCUUCAGAAGAAGUGGGUAGCACCGAGAGGCGGCAGCAGAAGAAGCGGCGAACACCGAGAGGCCAUGGCAGAAGAAGCGGCGAGCACCGAGAGGCGGCGGCAGAAGAAGCGGCGAGCACCGAGAGGCGGCGGCAGAAGAAGCGGCGAACACCGAGAGGCGGCGGCACAAGAAGCGGCGAACACCGAGAGGCGACGGCAGAAGAAGCGGCGAGCACCGGGCGACGGCGAGCGGACGGCUGCGGCGGCGGGCAGCAGUGACGGCGUGCAGACGGGCAACAACGCGACAGGCACGGUUGGGGCUCUCCCACGUCGAAGAUACACACUGAGAGUAGGCCAGUCAGUGCGAGUCCUUGAUGAGGAAGUGAGGGAAUCCAACCCUCGAAUAUGCCGACUGGCGAGAUCAUAG